AUGACGAAAUCAAAACGGAAUAUGAAGCCUAUUGAGAGAAUCGCCCGAGGAAUUGCUAUUUCUGGUUGCAAACUGAAGUUGCGGGCUAAGAAGGAUGCGUAUCGAUCAUGUCCGCAAUAUGGAGGAACAAAUAGUUUCUUUACUGUUGCUAUUCAUUAUGGAGGAUUCUUUGAUAUUGGGCCUAAAUACUCAGCAUAUUUAGGUGGGGAGAGUAUGGUAUUUGACUAUGUUGAUAAGAAUGAGAUUUCUUUAUCUGAUGUUAAGGGUUUGGCUAGAAUUAAAGGAUGCCCUAACCCUAUUGUUAUCUACACCAUUAUAUCUAGAAAACAUCGUUUGAUUACCACACAAACUCAAUUUGAGUCUGUUUUUGAAGAACUACGCAACAUGAGGGAAGUGUUCUUUUAUGUUGUAGGAUCUGUGUUAUCAGGUGCUGAAAGUGAGUUGGGAGAUGGAUCUGUGUUAGGUGCUCAAACUGGGUUUGGGGAUGGUGAUGGGUUAGGGGAUGAAACUGGUUUGGGGGAUGGUGUUGGGUUAGGGCCUGAAACUGGUUUGAGGGAUGGUGAGGAAUUAGGUGUUGAAACUGAGUUGAGGGAUGGUAAGGGAUUAUGUGCUGAAACUGGGUUGGGGGAUGGUGAUGGGCUAGAUGCUAAAACUGGGAUGGGAGAUGGUGAAGGGUUAUGUGCUAAAACUGGGAUGGGAGAUGGUGAAGGGUUAGGGGAUAAAACUGGGAUGGGAGAUGGUGAAGGGUUAGGGGAUAAAACUGGGAUGGGAGAUGGUGAAGGGUUAGGGGAUAAAACUGGGAUGGGAGAUGGUGAAGGGUUAGGGGAUAAAACUGGGAUGGGAGAUGGUGAAGGGUUAGGGGAUAAAACUGGGAUGGGAGAUGGUGAAGGGUUAGGGGAUAAAACUGGGAUGGGAGAUGGUGAAGGGUUAGGGGAUAAAACUGGGAUGGGAGAUGGUGAAGGGUUAGGGGAUAAAACUGGGAUGGGAGAUGGUGAAGGGUUAGGGGAUAAAACUGGGAUGGGAGAUGGUGAAGGGUUAGGGGAUAAAACUGGGAUGGGAGAUGGUGAAGGGUUAGGGGAUAAAACUGGGAUGGGAGAUGGUGAAGGGUUAGGGGAUAAAACUGGGAUGGGAGAUGGUGAAGGGUUAGGGGAUAAAACUGGGAUGGGAGAUGGUGAAGGGUUAGGGGAUUGUGAGCCAAAUGAAUGUCAUGAGCAAACUCAAGGUGUAGAUGAAAGUUACAUAGAUGAAUUUCUGAGAGAGUUAUCAGAAAGUGAUGUCAAUGAUGGGGAAACAGAGAAUGAAGGAACAGAUGAUAGUGAUGAUGAUUUAUAUGAGUUUGAAUAUGACAUGGAGGAUGAGCAAGUUGAUGACAAAAUAUUUGUCACUAAUAUGGCCACCAUUAAGAGACAACAAACUGGUUUGAAAUGUAGUUUUUGUCAUGUGGAGGGGCACAACAAAAAAGGGUGUCUGUUGAUUAAGGAGGGAAAUGCAGAACCUGUGGCAAUUGGCAGAGAAAAUAGGCCUACAAAAUUGCAGGUGGAGGAGAUGAGUGAACCUGCCCCAGCAAUUCUAACCCAAGAAAGUGUUGCUCCAGCAAAGGAUAAAUCCAAGCAGAAACCAAAGGGUGGACAGGACCCAAUUUCAGAUUCAAGUUUUGCAGACGUGAUUUUGCCUUCAGCUUCCAUUUUCCCUAUCUCAGUUGUGUCGUACCAUGAAAAAAAAAGGGCAUCCCCCCGCUCCAUCCGGCCUCCAAUCUCUACAGCCAUAGAACUUUCUUCCAGGAUUUGA